AGGGGAUGACCAGAGACUGCGGACACAGUACAGGAGAUGACCAGAGACUGCAGACACAGUACAUGGGAUGGCCAGAGACUGCGGACAGUACAGGAGAUGACCAGAGACUGCGGACACAGUACAGGAGAUGGCCAGAAACUGCAGACACAGUACAGGGGAUGACCAGAGACUGCGGACACAGUACAGGAGAUGGCCAGAGACUGCGGACGUAGUACAGGGGAUGACCAGAGACUGCGGACACAGUACAGGAGAUGACCAGAGACUGCGCACGUAGUACAGGGGAUGACCAGAGACUGCAGACAGUACAGGAGAUGACCAGAGACCGCAGACACAGUACAGGAGGUGACCAGAGACUGCAGACAGUACAGGGGAUGACCAGAGACCGCGGACACAGUACAGGAGAUGACCAGAGACAGCGGACACAGUACAGGGGAUGACCAGAGACCGCGGACACAGUACAGG